UACAGAGCCCCUGUGGAUUCAAUUGCAACUCUAAAGCGUAUAGAGAGAAAGAGCCAUUGAACCUGUUGACUUAAUUGCUAGAGAGAGAGAGACAGGUUUCCAAAAUAUAUGUCCUGAUCGAGAGUUCUUCAGCAUUUCUUCAUAUGCAUUGCACGAAUGUCUUUCAUUAACAAACCCAUCACAUUUUGGGCUCUUAUAUUUAAAUUGGUUGUAAUGGUUUAUUGAAUAUAUUGGCCCUUUUUAGGGUUUUCUUCGUUCUAGUUUAAUUUUUUAGGCAAUGGGUUGGACCCAUCCUGAAAUCUCUCUAGAAGAGCUCAUGAAUUUGGUUAAAGGGUUUAUAGAUAUUGUGAUUCUGGCUUCCGGGUACCAAUCCUCUGGUCUUCAUGCUCAUUGGGACGCAGAGAAUAUCAAGAAAGCCUUGCAAUGGGGUCUCUUCUUUGAAAAUGUUUUGAAAAAGAUACCUGAUUCAGGUGACUAUACAGAAUCAAUGAAGGAACUUGAUUUGGCUUUAUCUGAACUGACUUCUAAUCCUUUCUUCCCCCAGGCCCUCAUGCAUUUAUCAUCUUCCGCUCUUUUAAGAGCAAGGGAACUAGUUCUACGACAUCUAUUACACACCCUUCCUUUGAGGGACGAACAGCUGACUGCCCUUCUAAUUGCAACAGUUGAGAUGGAUCUUGAAGAUAUCAAAACUAAAACAGAAGGCGACCCCCUGAAUGCAUUUAUUGACUUGUUGAUGGUGUCAAAAUCAUCCAAGAUUCCAAAUAAAGAAUCCCAAAAUCCAUUUCUAUCACAUGGGGUUUCUUCUGAUUGCCAGGCUAUGGAAGAUAGCAAGGGGAGAAAUGCUGGAAUUCUCAAUAUCAGUGGUCUAACUCCUGAAUUGCCCAGUGAUGUUUUUAGCACUGAUGCGAAUGGAAAACCAUCUGCUGAUAAUUGCAAGAUUGUUAUUGAAGAAGUAUUGAAAAAGCAUGCUGCAGUUUCAUGCGUGUCCUCAAUUGAGGUGGCCUUGGGUCUUCUCUCAGAAAGUGUUAAAAAGAAGACUGUGAUUUAUGAUGCUAGCAGCAUAUGGGUGUCUGAUGGAAGCGAUCGAAUAAAAGAAGGUACUUUGACAGGUAGUGUAAGAAACCAGUGGAAAUCAUCAGGCCUGGCAUAUUUGCUGGACAAGAGGACUCUUAACUUGGUCUCUGGAUCGAGCAUGAUAUUCUGUGCACCUAAGGUGCAGUGGUCUAAAGUGUUGGAUUCUUUGAAAGGUUUUUCAGAAGCCUAUGAUGAGAAUUUGAAGAACAUACUUGAACUUUCUUUAUUGGGCUUAGUUGCAGACAAAUGGAGUUCCUUAAUUGAGCAAUCCAUGUCACUUCCCUUAGAUGGUAUUUCUAUCUCAAAAAUGUACUUUGAGGUGCUUAAUUUACAUGCAUGUGGAGACAAAUAUCAGUCUUCGACUUCUAAAGUGAAAACAGCGAAUUCCAAGGAAAACGAUGUUCGUGACUACUUAUCACUUUUCUUGAACUCUUGGCCUUGUCUUUUAUGGAGAAUACCCCCAAUCCUUCCAGCAGCUGCAAUUCCUUUGUGGUCAGAGUUAUUCAAUCUUUAUGUGGGUGAAAUAGAAAGGCAGAUCAAUAAAGAUUCUCCAUCAAUCAGAAGAUGCGAUUGCCAUCCAGUUGGAAAGGAACACACAACUUGUGAAAUUGCAGAAAGGAUUUGGUAUCUCUAUAUUUUCCAUAUCAACCUUCGAGAUUGGGUCAAGAUUCGAUAAUAGCAACAUGAUUCUGGCUUCUGCUGCACUCUUUGGUCAAUAUUGAGGAGAAUAAGGAAAGUAUUUUCCCUUAAGUUUGAGGGGUCCUGUAAAAGGAUUAGUUGGUCGGUUAGCUUCUGUCCUCAAAAGGUGUUUAUAUUUGAAGUUGGGAUAGCCCAGUCUUGUAUGGGUAGAUUAAAAGCAACAAUAUACAGGUCAAAUACGCCACAAAAAGGUCAAAACCACUUAAGGAGAAGUAGAUCUCUAAAUUUUCUCUGUUUCUUUAUUUCUCUCUCUCUCUCUUUCUCUCUCUCUUUCUACACACACCCCCAUGUAUGCGCACACAUGGCUUUGAUUCUCCAUAUCCCCAGUCAUAGGACCUAAUGAUUAAGAAGAGAUGAAUUAUGAACUUUGUUAUUUUGUGAUCACGGGUUUUGUUAGUGGCAGUCAAUGAGGAUUUGAUUUUGGAAAUGAAAGAUCUGAGCUGAUAAGAUGCCAAAUUUGUGAGGUAAACCUUUUGUCUCGUUGUUUAUUUAUUUUUCGUUUUGGCAAAUUGGGGUCCAUUGAUCUCUUUUUAAUUCAACUAAUUAAGUCUAAUCAUAUACCUUUCCCUGUCGCAAGGAUUUAAAGUGAGAUACCCAUCUUUUCCUUUAGACAUGCUUUUUAUCAGGAAGUCUUAAGAUUUUCAAGAAAGGGGAAUGGUGGUGGGUCAUAUCCCAUGUGUCUGGUCCUAUGGGAUAAAAAGGGCAAAGUGGGUUUAACCUUUAGGUUUAUGGGGGAUGACCAAUAUACCCACCCUUUCCUUUUUAUAAUUGACCAUCAUACCCUCAUCUUUUUUCUUAUUUCCUACAGUACCCCAUGUUUUGCACAAGUAAGCACCAUCUCCUCUGUUCUUUAUUUAGAUUUAAACAUGUAUUAGAAGUCUCCUAUUGUUUCCACAAAAUAAGUAAAACUUAAUUGACUACCGGGGCAUAAAAGUAGUUUUACUUGUAUUAGUUCAUUUUUGCAAAUAGUAUUGGUUUUCUUAUUUUAAGAAACUAAGAGCUUAGUUAUUUGCUGAAUGUUGUGUGCAUCAAGGUGACUGCAAUGGUGCUUCAGUAUUUCAUAAAACCUCUGAUUUAUUGUGUCCUAUGGCAAAAGAUUGGGGCUUUUGCGGUCAUAUGCUAAAAAAGGUCUAGAGUUGAACAGGGAUGUAUUCCUAAAGGUAGUUCGUUGCAUGAGUGUCGAACUACUUUACAUGACACCUCUAUCCACUUGUUUCAAGGUGUUGAAGAUGCCCUUCCACUUUGAGUGCAGCAACUUUAGCGAUAGAAUUCUACCUUAUCCCAUUUGGACUCCAUUGAGAGAGAGAGGGGGGUUAACUGUGUUUCACUUAUAGCAAGUGGUGGGUUCUCAGUUUCACUUGUAGCAAGUGGUUGGUUCUUUUGCAGGUUGGGUUAAGAUUGAUUGGUUUGGUUUCACUUCUAUAAAGAGGAAAAGAAGAAGAAGAGGGCAUUCGAUCACAUUCAUCAAUAUAUGCCCCCCCAUCUUCCUAUGCUCUGUCUGCAAAGUAUAGAUGCAAGCCAAUCUAAGAAUGGCGAUUUUGGAGAGAAUCGCAAGGUCAUUCAUUUGCUGUAAGAAAAGAGGGAUUGACAAUGGAAGAGGAGUUACAGUGAUCAGCCUUCAGCGACAAAGACCCAUGACUGUGUGGGGUAAUCGUGUGGUGCGAUGGAGGCAUUUGCUUUGGAGGGUCAAAGCAAGUUGGAGGCAAGGCAUGGGAAUGAGGAAGAACAAGGUGAAAUUCAGUUAUGAUCCUUCUAGCUAUUCUAGGAACUUUGAUGAUGGUUUGUUGUCAUGGUGAAGUUUCAUCACUUAUGUUCAAUAAACCCUUCUUUUCCAGUAUUUCAGCUGCACAUCCCGGCUUUUAUUGCUACUCUCAAUGCCAUCACCAUAAUUACCAUUGUUGGGCAAGUUAGGUGAACCGGAAAAGUGUUAUUGGUUUUGGACUUGAAUCCAAUGUUGUAAUUGUUCAUAUUAAUAAUCCCAUGGUAUGGUUAUGAGCCUUAUGCUUGUCAUCA